CCACGAGCUCUGGCUGGUGCCAGUGCUUCCAAAAUUGCACCGUUGGAGGUGGUGUUGUUCCGAUGGGGCGCUUCAAAAUUCAACACCUCAAAGUCAUCAUACUGAACUGAGGUGAAAACAUAAUAUAAAAUGGCGUCACCGCCUCUUCCUACCGCGGCCCAAGCUCCUCCAGCUGCGUUCCCUGGAGCAGGCUCACCUGCUUUGGGAGCGCCACCUGCUGCUGAAGCAGCACCACCUCCAGGCCCGCCUGCUGCAGGUGCACCACCACCAACAGCAGAAGUACCACCGGCACCAGGAGCACCCCCAGCACCAGGAGCACCCCCAGCACCAGGAGCACCCCCAGCACCUGAAGCACCCCCAGCACCUGAAGCACCCCCAGCACCUGAAGCACCCCCAGCACCAGGAGCACCCCCAGCACCAGAAGCACCCCCAGCACCAGGAGCACCCCCAGCACCAGGAGCACCCCCAGCACCAGAAGCACCCCCAGCUCCAGAAGCACCACCUCCAGCAGACGGCGCAGCACCGGCUGCUGUCCCACCUUCAGAUGGUGUACCUCUUGCUUCCCCACCUGCAGAUGGGGCUGCCCCUCCUCCAGUUCCAGACGCUGCCACGGGCGAGCAACCUCCGGCGGGACAAGUUGCAAUACCCCCCCUUCGCCAAAACUCAGAAUUGCGAAAUCGGAUAUCCAAGAUGCUUGAUAAUAUACCGUUCAAAGAUUCUGGCAAAAACAAGAAGGAAUACCUAGCUGCUGUGAAGACAUAUGAGGAAGUUGUUGGAGGCCAAGUUCUUAGUGCAAAAAUGUACAUUCAAACAAGGCCAAAAUCUGAUGAGGCUGACGAUGACGACUAUUACAAUGACCGGAAAAGACGCAGUAGCAAAGACAGACAACGCAGCAGAAGCAGAGACAGGGAUGAUCAGAGAAGAUAUGAUAGAGAUUGGGAUGACCGUAGGGGCCCAGAAAGGGAUGGUUUUGAUCGAAGGGAAAGAUAUGACUUGGACAGGGAAGUUAGAGGACAACGAGACUUUGAAGACUUGCGCGGUGAUCGCCCUCGAGACUUUUUUAAUAAUCCCGCCGCUCAAGAUCUGUACAAGGCGGGUUUAAGACGGUCUGAGGGGCGGUUCUUCGACGAGGAAGGGGUACGAGGACCCUUCAUUCAAAAUGUUCCAGUCCCUUCGCAAGCUCUUGCGCCUAGCAUAUCUGCAGGUGUUAUUACGGGCGGCGGUGUACUUGGUGUUAUGCCUGCAUUCCCAAUGGGCGUUCCACAGAUGAGCCCACCAACGUUAAACGCACAACCUACUGCAGCGCAGUUAGCUCAAGCAACACUGUACAUGCCGCCGCAACUGCCAUCGCCUAUGGCCCCGCAGAUGCUGCCUCAAAUGCAACAGCAGAUACCGCCCCAGAUGGCUCCGCAAAUGCCUCCUCCGCAAAUGCAGCCACCAAUGCCCCCUCCACAGAUGCAGUCACCAAUGCCCCCUCCACAGAUGCAGCCACCAAUGAUUCCUCCACAGAUGAGUCCACGGAUGCCUCCUGGAGAAAUGCAAGUGCCCCAGCAAGGAAUGCAAACACAAAUGUCUCCUGCACAAAUUCUGCCUCAACAAGGCGUACCUUCAACGGCUACUCAUAUGAGCCAGCAGAUGGGCCAAGUGCCUCCGCAAACUGCUUAUCAACAAGCCGUCUCGACUGCACCUCGCGUUAUGGGUCCAACUGGUUCUGCUCAGACGCACGUCGGCACGGGAGCUCAAAUUCACCUUCAAAUACCACCAAAGGGAGACCUUUAUGACUAUGACGAGCUUCAGAAGGUUCAGAUAACACGGCCAAAAGUUUCAAUUUCCCUGGAGGUAUUAAAUCCGCCUACGCCAGCAUCAGCGGCGGCACGAGCACCCGAACCGGCAUUACGACCAAGCCAAGUAUCACCGGCCCCCCCACAACGUACCGGCAUCCUUAGUAGGGCCGAAAGGGUUAUUCAGAGGAUCAAGCAGCAGCUGGCUCUGUUCGACCGAAGAGGUGAAGCUCUUCCAGAAGCAGAUAAAAACGUUGUACUACUGAGAGCAGAUGAUUACAGCCUAGAGGUGCAGACGUUCCCCAAGGCGGCUCAGGCUUCUAAGAAGCCCGAAGAGUUAAAGGCGGAAGGUGGUGUCAAAAAGGAUUCUGAAGAAGCCCCCAAGCCAGACAUUUCGUCUGCAAAACAGGAAGCAAACGAUGAACAGUCAAAGGAUCCACUAGUUACGAAAAGGAAGACUUCAGGAAAAGCUGAAGAGGAGGAGCCAAAACGAAAGUCCUUUGAUGACGAAGAUGGGCCGAAAAAAGCUUCAGAGACCAAAGCGCAGGAUGAAGAAACAGAAGAUAAACCAGCAGAAGAGGACAGCACGAAGAAGAAACCGAAGGAAGGUCCUGCAGAAGAGGAAUCUGACGAAAAACCGAAGAAGAAAACCAGACGGAAGAAAGACGAGAGUUCUGACUCAGAUGGAAAGUCGGCAAAGAAAACAGAAAAGAAGAGGAAGAAAAGGAAAGGUGACUCCGAUGAAGAUGACGAAAGCAACGAAAGCAGUCGUAGCGGCGAGAGAGAGAUAGAGUCUACAAAGAAAGGCUCUAGGCGCAAGAAGGCUGAAGAACAACCCUUACAGCCAGCAGUUUCAGGAGGGAGGAACAUGCAGCAGUUCAUUAUGCAAGUUAAAUUGCCAGAAAAGAAGAGUGCCAGGGAACUAGAAAGGGAAGAAGACAUGGAAAGAGAGCGGAAGCUGAGACGGGAAAAAGAACGCGACGACGAAGACAGGAGGAGACGAAGGGAGCGUAACCGGGACAACGAAAUCGCACGUGAGAACAUAGGAAUUGGAAGAGAAAUUGACAUGAGAGAUCGUUCCAGAGGUUACAGGGAAAAGAACGAUCGCGGUACAACUAUACCUAAUCAUAAUGACAAAGCCGUAGCCACACAUGACUUCACAGUUGAGAUUUCGCAAGAAGGUCAUUUACAUAGUCGGCAACUCGACCAACCACAGCAACAAGCACUCCAGUUACAAGCACCGACGACCUCGCGUGUGAUGCAGCCCCGAUAUCCACUCUAUCAAAUGCAGCCAUCACUUCGUCAACCACAGCUAUCACCACUACAACUGCCACCUCAGCCUCAACCCUUUGCGCAACAGGCUCCUAUGGGGGUGUACCAACGUGAAACGCCACAUUGGUUACCAAUGCAGCAUCAAGGAAUAGCGUCCGGAAAUGACGCCACAUUUGUCACGCAAAGCACGAAUGUACAAGCUUUGGCAUCUACUCAAAUUAUUGCUGCACCACCGGUAGAAAAACCUAAGAAACUCACUACGGAAUGGUGGAGCCGUAAGGUAGAGGACCGUGGAAAAGGACCUCCGCACCGCAUUCGAAGUCAGGUUGCGGCGUUCGAAGAGAAAUCGCGUGAACGUUUACCCAAGCGAACUUCGCGCACAUAUCGUUCACGACGAAACCGAGAAGGUGAUGAUGAUUAUGAGGACGAAGACUACUAUGAGGAAGAUUACGACGAUUAUGAUGACUAUGAUGAUUAUGAGGAUGACAGGCCGGCUCGUUACCAAUACGAUGUCGAGCGGGACCACCACAGAAAAAGGUCGCGCUCCAGACCCCGAGACGACUACGAGGACGACAGAGCCACUUGUCAAAGAGAAGACUUAGAAGACAGGAGGGAGUGGAGAGAAAAUAGAGAAGUCUUUAAACGAACAUCGGAUCCUCGGGAACGAGAGUAUUGCACAGACGGUCGAAGCCCUCGCUGUAGUCAAAGCGAUGUCCAAAUUGUACAGCGUCGUACGCGGUCAAAGGAGUAUGCCAUAGAACACCAACAGCCAAUCGAAGAAAUCGAACGUGUGAAUGUAUCGCAGAGGUCACGUUCGCACGUUUCUGAUGUUGAGUGUAACUGCUCACAGUCACUGCCCAAAGAGCCUAAUGUAAGUAUACACCUGUCUGAGACCAUCAUAGAAGAACCUCCUCCACCCUCUCCCCCGCCUCCCCCACCAAAGCCACCAAAGCCUCCUCGACCAAUAUACAUUAUUGCGCCACCACCACCUCGGAGGUCUACCGAAAAAGUGAUCGUCGUCACACGUCAGCCUCAAAUCAUUGUUGAACAAAUUCCUCGACCACCCAUGCUGAUACCGAGGGAGGUUACUCAACUCAACCCAAAGAAGCCAAAAAAAUUUCCAAAAAUACACGUGAACAGGUACUCCGAAUUUGCCGCAACAUUUACGAUGUGUCCUCAAAAGAAACUUUCGAAGAUGGUCCCACAGGCUGUUAAAGGUCCCCAAGGACCAAACGACGAUCCCCCAAACACCCCUAGUGUGCCAGACAAACCUUCUAAAGACAACGAACCCCCUGUCGAAGAACCCCAGCGGCGUGACAAGUCACCCGCACCAGACGAUGAACAUAAACAACCAGAACAACCCAAGGUAGCGACGUCCGACCGAGGUUUAAGCGGCCCUUCUGCGCAUGAGGUCAUCCAUGCAAAGCCAGAGGAACAGCCAAAAUGGGACCCCAGAAAUUUCAACGUGUAUAAUGUCGAUAUCCACUCCUCUGUAUCUAUCGAAGAGAGGAUUGUCAAGAGAUGCAUAGAAAGGGCUAAGCAGAAAAGGAACAGCAAAGCCAAAGUUGCAAGACGAUCACCUUCACGACAAUCACCUUCACGACACGCGGAAAGGAGCGUUGAAGACGACGAAACGGACGAUAGCGAGGAGGAGAAACCCGAGAGCUCUAAGAGGCUUAACCCGGCGCCUAAGACGUAUAAAUCUGAUUGGGCAGGUACGGUUAACCAACGGGUGCACUAUUUCGAACUGUCGAAAAGUGAACCUGGACCCGCUAAAAUAGUCAGUAAGACAAGGAUUGUUCGAUCGUCGGAAGAAGAGGAUGAAGAUGCGAUGACGAGGAGGCAUGUGGAUUACAUCACCGAUCCAAAUUACGAUGCACCCCAAAUGUGCAAUUCCUAUGCAUUCAUGACUCUGCAGGUCGCACCACCGCCUCCUCCUCCUCUUCCGGAACCUGAACCUGAGGAACCACACAGACCACAUCCACAGUGUAAAGUAGUCUACCUGCUACCUAAAGAGCGCAAAGAGGAGGAGGACCAUCCAUUGAGAGUGCAGUACGUCACCCUGUAUGAUAAGUUUAUUAGUUGGGUUUACCCUGGUCGGUCUACUCAUGAGCAAGCGCCCCAGCCGUCUAAGCGUAGUUCAUCAACUGGCAAACAAAGCGCUUCGACCAGCAAACGGAGCCUAUCGGCAAGCAAGCAAGGUCCCAGAUGAACGUUUACAAUUGCUUCCACUCGAAGAUUCUGGAGGCUCCUUCUGGUACUGACGGAGAAACCGUUGAAUGGAAGGAAAGCGGAACGUAUUAAAGCCUUGCGUGGAUUA